AUCAUGGCGACGCGGGGCCAUGUGCAGGACCCUAACGACAGGCGCCUCCGGCCCAUUUACGAUUAUCUUGAUAAUGGUAACAACAAAAUGGCCAUUCAUCAAGCGGAUAAAUUGUUGAAGAAGCAUAAAGAUCUUCAUUGUGCGAAGGUUUUAAAGGCCAUUGGCUUACAGAGAACUGGAAAGCAAGAGGAGGCCUUCACCUUGGCUCAGGAAGUGGCGGCCCUGGAGCCCACGGAUGACAACUCACUGCAAGCACUGACUAUCCUCUACAGGGAAAUGCACCGACCGGAGCUAGUCACGAAACUUUAUGAGGCAGCUGUGAAGAAAGUUCCCAACAGCGAGGAGUAUCACUCUCACCUCUUCAUGGCCUAUGCCAGAGUUGGCGAGUACAAGAAAAUGCAACAGGCUGGCAUGGCUCUCUAUAAGAUCGUUCCCAAAAACCCUUACUACUUUUGGUCUGUGAUGAGCUUAAUUAUGCAGUCCAUAUCAGCCCAGGAUGAAAACCUCUCAAAAACUAUGUUUCUCCCACUUGCCGAGAGAAUGGUUGAGAAAAUGGUGAAAGAAGAUAAGAUCGAAGCUGAGGCUGAGGUUGAACUUUAUUAUAUGAUCUUGGAGCGUUUGGGAAAGUAUCAAGAAGCCUUGGAUGUCAUUAGAGGAAAAUUAGGAGAGAAGCUGACCAGUGAGCUCCAGAGCCGGGAAAAUAAGUGCAUGGCCAUGUACAAGAAGCUGAGCAGGUGGCCGGAGUGCAACGCCCUGUCCCGCUGCCUCUUGCUGAAAAACUCAGAUGACUGGCAGUUCUAUCUGACUUAUUUCGAUUCUGUCUUUCGACUGAUUGAAGGGGCCUGGACCCCUCCUGCUGCAGGCGAACAUUCUUUAGAAGGAGAAGUACAUUAUUCAGCAGAAGAGGCGGUGAAGUUCAUAGAAGAUCGGAUCACAGAAGAAUCUAAGAGUUCUCGCCAUCUCCGAGGUCCACAUCUGGCUAAACUGGAGCUCAUCAGACGGCUACGACGACAGGGCUUCAACGACGAAUAUAAACUGGAUGAUCCAGAAGAAUUAAUGUUUCAGUAUUUUAAAAAGUUUGGAGAUAAACCUUGUUGUUUUACGGAUCUCAAGGUGUUUGUUGAUCUCUUGCCAGCUACACAAUGUACAAAAUUUAUUAAUCAAUUACUUGGAGUGGUUCCUUUGUCGACGCCAACAGAGGAUAAGUUGGCACUGCCUGUCGACAUCCGAGCUCUCCAGCAGCAUUUGUGUGUGGUGCAGCUGACGAGGCUGCUUGGCUUGUACCACACGAUAAACAAAAACCAGAAACUGGACGUGGUCAGAGAAUUGAUGUUACGGUACCAGCACGGUCUGGAAUUUGGAAAAUCCUGUUUGAAAACCGAAUUGCAAAUUUCAGACUAUUACUGUCUCCUUGCUGUCCAUGUACUUAUUGAUAUAUGGAGAGAAACAGGUGACGAGACUACUGUGUGGCAGGCCCUGAAUUUGCUGGAAGAGGGAUUGACUCACAGCCCAUCCAAUGCUCAGUUCAAAUUGCUGCUUGUUCGAAUCUACUGUAUGCUGGGGGCUUUUGAGCCAGUGGUGGACCUCUACUCCAGCCUGGAUGCCAAGCAUAUCCAGCACGACACCAUUGGUUACCUUUUGACCCAAUACGCAGAGUCCCUAGGUCAGUAUGCUGCUGCAGCCCAGUCCUGUACCUUUGCUCUCAGGUUCUUCCACUCCAACCAGAAAGAUACCUCAGAAUAUAUUAUUCAAGCUUAUAAAUAUGGUGCAUUUGAGAAGAUACCAGAGUUUAUCGCUUUUAGGAACAGGCUGAAUAAUUCUCUUCAUUUUGCACAAGUCCGUACCGAGCGGAUGUUACUAGACCUUUUACUUGAAGCAAACCUAUCAACCAGCUUAGCAGAAAGUAUAAAGUCAAUGAAUCUUCGGCCUGAAGAAGAUGACAUUCCAUGGGAAUUCUUGCGAGACAACAGGGACUUAAAUGUUUUCUUUAGCUGGGAUCCAAAAGACAGGGAUGUUUCUGAAGAGCAUAAGAGACUCUCUCUGGAAGAGGAAACCAUGUGGUUGAGGAUUCGUUCCUUAACGCUGAGGCUGCUCAGUGCACUGCCAAGUCUGGACCACCCCGUGGAGUCAAAGAACUCGGAGAAGACUACCGAGAACGGUGUGGCCUCUGGCAUUGACAUCCUCCGUCUGCUCCUGCAGCAGCUGGAGGCGGCGCUGGACAAGGGAAAGCGGUUUCUAGAGAGGGAAAUCCAGUAUCCUUUCCUUGGCCCUGUACCUACCAGAAUGGCUGGAUUUUUCAGUUCUGGCUGUGCCCUCUGUCAGACCAGCUCUUUUUAUCUCCUUAGUGAUAUUUAUGAGCUGGAUGCCAAUGGUUUAGAGGAUACAACGGAGAUCCAGGAUCGAGUAGAAAAUAGGCUAAAGUCUUUAUUAGAACAAUUAAAAGAUGUCUUCACUAAGUGUAAAGGUGACCUUUUAGAAGUUAAAGAUGGUACCUUGAAAACACAACCCGCGCUUCUAGAAAAUCUAGUCUUCUUUGUUGAGACUAUUUCUAUUAUCCUUUGGGUAUCUAGUUACUGUGAGAGUGUCCUGCGACCGUAUAAACUAAAUCUACAGAAAAAGAAAAAGAAGAAAAAAGAAAGCAGCCUUGUCAUGCCACCAGUCUUUACCAGUUUUCAAGACUAUGUCACUGGGCUUCAGACUCUGAUUUCCAAUGUUGUGGAUCAUAUUAAAGGGCUUGAAGCACAUCUAAUUGCACUUAAACUUGAAGAACUUAUUUUAGAAGACUCUUCUCUCUCACAGAAGGAGAAAAAAUUUUCAAAGACUGUGCAAGGAAAGGUGCAGAGUAGUUAUUUGCACUCACUUCUAGAAAUUGGGGAACUGCUGAAAAAAAGACUUGAGACCACAAAGAAACUGAAAAUUUAAGGAAGUAUGAACUCCAGGCAUUGAUUUUACAACUGAAAUGACAUCAUCUUCCCAGGCAAAAAGCUCCAUCUGAUUGACCAUCAUUUUAAUCUAGAACUCCCUCAUAAAAUGCAUGAAGGACUUUGAUUGUGAAUUACUUUUUUUAGGUAU